AUGAAGUCUCCAAGGAUGAGAGUCUGUGCUAGGUCGGUCUUGCUGUCUCACUGGCUCUUUCUGGCCUAUGUGUUAAUGGUGUGCUGUAAGCUGAUGUCUGCCUCCAGCCAGCACCUCCGGGGACACGCAGGUCACCACCAAAUCAAGCAAGGGACCUGUGAGGUGGUCGCAGUGCACAGGUGCUGUAACAAGAACCGCAUAGAGGAGCGAUCACAAACGGUCAAGUGUUCUUGCUUCCCAGGACAGGUUGCUGGCACAACUCGGGCUCAGCCUUCUUGUGUCGAAGCUUCCAUUGUGAUUCAGAAAUGGUGGUGUCACAUGAAUCCUUGUUUGGAAGGAGAGGAUUGCAAAGUGCUGCCAGAUCACUCAGGUUGGUCCUGUAGCAGUGGCAAUAAAGUCAAAACUACAAAGGCAAGUACAGACAAAACCCAACUGUAA